UUGCUUCACGUGAAUUUGUGUAAUCGCGCAUAGGUAAGUUGUAAACCCGUUCCCAGGUAGCUAUAUUACCAGAGAAUUUGUCAAAUGAAUUCGAAUACGCUUAAUCAGAAGUCAUUCAUACCAACACCACCGGAGAAGGGCAGUUUUCCACUUGAUCACGAAAGCAUUUGUAAAAAAUACUACCUCCUGUACAUGAAUUGUUUGCGCCGAAACAACGACAACAACUCGCAGUGUCGCCAAGAAGCUAAAGAAUACCUUGGUUGUCGCAUGCAAAACAAUUUGAUGGAGCAAACGCAGUGGUCCAAGCUGGGCUUUGAAGACGAGAGUAAAACAAAUACCAAGGAUAAUAACAAAAACAAAUUGCAAUAAAUCAAAUUAAA